AUGAAGAAUUGUGGACUGGAGAAGCUAGCCAUUGGCCCAGCCCUCCUUAGAGCCAUUGAGGGCUCCAAAAUCUCGAUCCCUGUCUUCUCCAAAGGCUACGCUUCAAGCAAAUGGUGCCUCCUUGAGCUUUCUAAGAUACCUCAAUGCCAUCAAUCCAAAGGUCAAAUGGUCCUCCCCGUAUUCCUCGACGUUGAGCCAUCUCAUGUUCGGAAUCAGACUGGAAGUUUUGAGGGACCUUUUCAGGAACAUGAGAAGAAAUUUGAACCCCAUAUUGUAGAGAGUUGGAGGGAAGCUUUGCGAGUGGUAGGGAAUCUGAAGGGACAUGUUCUCAAGGACGACGUAAAUGGGUGA